GCUCAGCAUGCGCGGUGCCGUGGCCACCCUGUCCCUGGCCUGGGCGCUGGCCCUGGGGCUCGCCCACUCCCUCCCUGGCAAACCGGGGGAGGCCGGACUGCGGUUCCACCAUGGGGCUGAGACCCACCUCAAUGACACAGAGGUGGCGAGCCGGUGUGCGGACGAGGGGGGCUUUGACGCCGUCACACUGGACGAGCACGGCGUGAUGCUCUUCUUCAGAGGUGACCACGUCUGGAAGGGCUUCCACGGCCCGGCCCAGCUCAUCAAUGCCACCUGGCCUGAGAUCCAGGGCCCCGUCGACGCUGCGCUGCGCAUCCACCACAAGGAGGCCCCCGGUGUGCACGACAGCGUCUACCUCUUCCAGGGCAUGCAGGUCUGGGUGUAUGCGGGGGGCCGGCUGCGGCCCGGCUACCCCCGGCUCAUCGGGGACGAGUUCAAGGGGGUGCCUGGGGACCUGGACAGCGCCGUGGAGUGUCACCCCGAGGACUGCACAGCCGAGAGCCUUCUCUUCUUCAAGGGGGGUGAGGUCUUCUUCUAUGACCUGGGCCUGGGGAUGCUGAAGCGUCGCUCGUGGCCCUCGGUGGGCAGCUGCUCGGCGGCCGUGCGCUGGCUGGACCGUUACUAUUGCUUCCAGCGCGUCCUCUUCCUGCGCUUCCAGCCGGCCACGGGCCAGGUGCCCCCCGGCUACCCCCGCGACGCCCGCGACUACUUCAUGGCCUGCCCCGGGAGAGGUCACGGGCACGAGGCCCGCAGAAACGCCACCGCCAUGGCCAUCCGGGACCCCUGCAGUGGCCUCGCCUUCCAGGCCUUCACCACGGACGAUGCCAACCGCACCUACGCCUUCCGGGGGGGGCAGUACUUCCGCCUGGACUCCAAGCGGGACGGCUGGCACUCGUGGCCUCUCAACCACACGUGGCAGGAGCUGGCCGGGCCGGUGGACAGCGCCUUCAGCUGGGACAAGAAGCUCUACCUGAUCCAGGGCUCCAAGGUCUACAUCUACCGGGUGGGCCAGGGCUAUACGCUGGUGCAGGGCUACCGGGGCUUGGAGGAGGAGCUGGGCAUCACGGGGCGGACCGCCACCUUCACCUGCCCCCACUCCGCUGAGCUCUUCGUCAUCAAAGGAAACUCCCUGAGGCGGGUGGAUCUGAACCUGAGCCCACGGAGCGAGAGGCUGGAGGGGCCCAUUCCCCAUGCCCAGGUGGACAGCGCCAUGUGCAAUGCGGACGGGGUGCACCUCUUCCACGGUGCUACCUUCCACCGCUACGCCAGCGUGGCCGAGCUCACGGCCAGCCCCAAGCCCUCCCCCCCACAGAACGUGACGGCCGUCCUCUUCGGGUGCCCCCACUGACGGGGCAACGCUGCCCGACCCCCGGGGGCGAGUGGGACCUUCCAGCCGCCCCCGGUUCCUUUACUGUGCCCCUCCCGUCUCCCUCCACCCACCCCACGCACAGGGGUGUCCUGGCCAGUGAGGCCCCCGGGCUCAGAGUUCCCCUCCCACCCGGGGAAGAUGGCACCUGGCUUGCUCUGCCAUUUGAGCAUUUGCUCUGGCUGGCUCCCUCACCAGCCACUUGUUCCACUGGCUACCUGCCAGUCGCCUCUCUGCUGUGACCUCUGCCGGUCAGUCUCUUUUAAUGAUUUUUAGCGCUGAGCAGACUGGGCAGAAACAUGCCCCACCACAACUGGCCUCAGCUCCCUUUGAACCUUUACAAUAACAAAAAGGCUCCUAAUAAAGCUUAUUUAGCUGUAUCUUCGAACCGUGGGGAGAAACAGGUUAAACCAGACCAUGGACUGGGCGCACCUCAUAGCUGGAACCCCUGUCCCCAUCCCUCUUACUGUCACCGGGCUCUGGCAUUCGAGUCCCUGGCUUAACGAGGUCCUUUCAGCUGAGGGUGACCCCCUCAUUUGGGACAGGUUAAGCACAGUUCUGCCCCCCUUUACUCAUACAAUAAAUCAACAACAUUGAUAACAGCAUUUCAUACUCCUGCAUUCAGUACUAAAGUGAUCUGUGACCCAACACCAGCUAAAGCAACGCUGCUCCGUCUGCUAGAUACCUACGCAGAGUAGGUGUGUUCACGGAAAUACAGUUUGCUCCUGAAGCCUCUCCCCU